CCCCCUUGAACCCUCCCUGCACGCCGCCGAUGUCCCCGCGUCCUCCCCUAAAUCCUCCUGCAUCCCUGCAGCGCCCUGUACCCCUCCUGCAUCUCCCCCAAACAUCCCCGCACCCUCCUGAAUCCCUCCUAAAUCCUUUCUGCACACUUACACCCCUCCUGUAUCCCCCAACAUCUUCCCUGCAUCCCCUGCAUCCUCCCUAAAUCCUUCCUGCAUCCCCACUGCGUUCCCCUAAAUUGUCCCUGCAUCCCUGUAUCUCUUGCAUGACUUUACAUAAUCCCUGCACCCCCUCCUGUAUCCCUGCAUCCCUUCCUGUAUCCUUGUGCCCCAGCCCUGCAUCCCUGCACCCCCUCCUGCAUCCCACCCAGCAGCAGGAGGGUCUCUCUGGUCCCCUCCUAUCUCUCACUCCCCUCGCUGUGAAGAGCCUGUGCUGCCCUGCCUGCACCCUGACCCCGCACCUACUCCUGCUCCCACGGGAGGGGAUUUUCCUCUCUGAGGACACACAGGUCCAAUCCCACAGAUGCUGCUUCCUGGGGCAGGGCUGUCGGGUGGCUGUGCCCCCAAAGGAUGCUGGUGGGGGGUUGGAGGGGAGGGAGCCCUGGGGAUGGUGGUCCCCGGGCCGUGCCUGUGCUGAGUCCGAGGAGAACAACCUCGCCUGAGCCUCCAGCAAGCGGGGGGGGGACUACACAGGGUCCUGGGGGGGAGAUGGAGGUGGACUGAGCCCCCGUGGAGGCACCCAGCGUGGGGCUGAGAGAAGUUCCCUUGGCACGGGGGGUGAUGAGCAGGGGAGCCGCACCCCGUCCCAGGGCUGCGUGGGCACCCAGAGGAACUGGGGUGAAGGUGGUGCUGGCGUGGGGCAUCGUGGCUCUCGCCAGGGGCUCUGCUUCGCUGUGGCGAGCGAGGAAACGAUGAGCCUGUUUGGUGUCGCAGGUGCACGUUUCUAAGGGGGAGCGUGACCAUGGCCACGGGGGGAAUAACCCCCCCCCCCGUCCCUUGUCACACCAACCGCCUGAUUAACGAGAAGUCCCCGUACCUCCUGCAGCAUGCUCACAACCCCGUGGAUUGGUACCCUUGGGGUCAGGAAGCCUUUGAUAAAGCAAAGAAAGAAAACAAGUUGAUAUUCCUUUCAGUUGGCUACUCCACCUGCCACUGGUGCCAUGUGAUGGAGGAAGAGUCCUUCAAGAACAAGGAGAUCGGGGAGAUCAUGAACAAGAACUUUGUGUGCAUCAAAGUGGAUCGUGAGGAGCGGCCAGAUGUGGACAAAGUGUACAUGACCUUCGUGCAGGCAACCAGCGGUGGGGGUGGCUGGCCGAUGAGCGUCUGGCUGACUCCAGACCUCAAGCCCUUUGUAGGGGGGACAUACUUCCCCCCUGAAGAUGGAGUUCAUCGCGUUGGCUUUCGAACCGUGCUGCUCCGAAUCGCAGAGCAGUGGAAGGAGAACAAAGAUGCUCUGUUGGAGAACAGCCAGAAGAUCCUGGAAGCAUUGCUGUACAGGUCUGAGAUCUGUGUGCGGGGCCAGGAGUCACCCCCACCAUCCAAAGAGGUGAUGGCCACCUGUUUCCAGCAGCUCUCCAGCUCCUAUGAUGAGGACUACGGUGGCUUCUCUGAAUCCCCCAAAUUCCCCACCCCAGUGAAUUUGAAUUUCCUCUUCACAUACUGGGCCUUGCACCGAACAACUGCAGAAGGUGCCCGGGCACUGCAGAUGGCUCUGCAUACUCUCAAGAUGAUGGCCCAUGGGGGCAUCCAUGACCACAUCUGCCAGGGUUUUCACCGCUACUCCACCGACCAGCACUGGCAUGUUCCUCACUUUGAGAAGAUGCUGUACGACCAGGGGCAGCUGGCAGCCACGUAUAGCAGAGCGUUUCAGAUCUCUGGCGAUGAAUUCUUCUCUGAUGUCGCCCAAGACAUUCUGCUCUAUGUCUCACGGGACCUGAGUGACCAGGCUGGAGGUUUCUACAGUGCAGAAGAUGCUGAUUCCUACCCGAGCAUCACAUCUGAAGAGAAGCGAGAAGGAGCUUUCUGUGUGUGGGCAGCUGAGGAAAUCCGGGCUCUCCUUCCUGACCCUGUUGAGGGGGCCACAGAGGGGACGACCCUGGGAGAUGUCUUCAUGCACCACUAUGGAGUGAAGGAGACAGGCAAUGUGAGCCCUAUGAAGGACCCCCAUCAGGAGCUGAAGGGCAAGAACGUCCUUAUUGUGCGGAGCUCCCCAGAGCUGACAGCGGCCCGGUUCGGGCUGGAGCCGGGGCAGCUGGGUGCCCUGCUGCGGGAAUGCCGGCGGAGGCUGUCCACAGCCCGGGCACAGCGGCCACGGCCACACUUGGACACCAAGAUGCUGGCGGCGUGGAACGGGCUGAUGAUCUCGGGCUUUGCCCAGGCUGGGGCAGCCCUGGCCGAGCAGGAGUACGUGAGCCGGGCUGUGCAGGCAGCUGCCUUCCUGCGGAGACACCUCUUUGACCCCACCAGUGGGAGGUUGCUGCGGAGCUGCUACCGGGGCAAAGACAACACGGUGGAGCAGAGCGCUGUGCCCAUCCAGGGCUUUUUGGAGGAUUAUGUCUUCGUCAUCCAGGCUCUUUUUGACCUGUACGAAGCCUCCCUGGAGCAGGACUGGUUGGAGUGGGCCCUGCAGCUCCAGCACAUGCAAGACAAACUCUUCUGGGACCCCAAAGGCUUUGCAUAUUUCUCCAGCGAGGCUGGCGAUCCCUCUCUGCUCCUGCGCCUGAAGGGAGACCAAGAUGGAGCAGAGCCCACCGCCAACUCUGUCACUGUCACAAACCUGCUCCGAGCAGCUUGUUACUCCGGCCAUAAGGAGUGGGUGGAGAAAGCCGGGCAGAUCUUGGCCGCCUUUUCAGAUAGGCUGCAGAAGAUCCCCAUCACCCUGCCAGAGAUGGCCCGGGCCACUGCUGUCUUCCAUCACACCCUCAAACAGGUCAUUAUCUGUGGGGACCCCCAAGGAGAAGACACAAAAGAGAUGCUGCGCUGUAUCCACUCCAUCUUCAGUCCAAACAAGGUGCUUAUGCUAGCAGAUGGAGACGGCGCUGGAUUCCUCUACCGCCAGUUGCCUUUCCUUGCGUCCCUGGAGAGGAAGAACGGGAAAGCCACCGCCUAUCUCUGCAGCAACUUCGCCUGCUCCCUGCCCAUCACCUCCCCCCAGGAGCUUCGUGGGAUGCUCUACCCCUGAGCCCCUUGGCCCCACGGCCUGCAGGAAGGUGAGGGGGAGGCAGACCUUCAGGCCAGCCUGGGAACAUGGGAAAGACCCGUAAUAAAGCCACCCUGGGCAUCAACAGC